AUUGUCCUGCCUUCCUUUUAGAAAGACAAAACGAGAUUUAUGGAAUUAAAUUAUCUGAAACAAUAAGUUUAUCCUUGUCGUAUAUAUAUAUAAUAAAACUUCGCGGAGAGUAAAAAGUAUUUGUAUAGUUGAACUGCCCCAUAAAUUCUCUAUAAAUCGACUUCCUACAUUUACCAGAAAAAAUGGGAAUCUCCACGUGUACUCUGAUUCUAGCCUUAGUUGUCGUCCUUGAUUCUUAUGAACUACCGCGAACACCAAUCAUACGAAGACGACAAAUCGUAGUACGACACGGUCCAAAUUUAGAUGGAAGUCAGGAACCAGUUUCCAGGUGUAUCAGUUUGUUACACUACCCACCAGGCGUUCCACCAUUAAGUCUGUUAAAAAUUCAUGUUAAUGGAACAUACAGAAAUUUUGAAGAAUCUGCUACUUUAUUAAAAAGAGGAAAUUUAAUAUAUGGAUGGAACAAUGCAGGUGUUAUUGAUCCAUUAGUGGACCGCAAUGGCCGUAUGAUUGUCUUAGAGGGAUUAACAAUUCGCAUGGUACUAAACGAGAAUACUUUUCGCCAGCGUUUCGGUAUAGGUGAUCGUAUUCCUGGUCCUGCGGCAGCGUGCUAGCUAUACAUAAUUUUGGAGUCAUUUCAGUUACUAAUCAAUUGGUCCACUUUUCUCGCCAAUAUUCUCGAAUUCUGACAUUGAAUAGGAUAUUUU